AUGCACACAUCAUGUCAGUCUAAAAUAAACGAACUAAAAACAACUACGUGCAGCCCAGUCUUAAAGUUCUUUAUUGACAGUAUUUAGAUCUAAUGCAUUGGUUUUGAGAUUUGGAACCCUCGCGUCUAUUUACUUUGCCCGAACAACUUUGACUGACUGAACACUUUUACAAGGCAGCAAACAAAAUGUAAUGGGAGACGGCAGAUUAUUUGAGCGGGGGCGUCUUCUUCUCAGGGUGCUUGCAUCGAUGAGCGGCAUGCCGGAAGAGGAGAUGUACUAUGACCUUGACCCUGCACCCCGUCCUCAGCGGCCCCGACAGGCCGGCCACUCUCUGGAUCCGGAAGAAAGGAACAGACUCAUAUCACGCACCGUCUUUCAAAUACACGAGAUAGUGAGCCGCCACGUGCAGCAAACCGGUGACGAUAUUCGGCACUUUCUAAGCUACGAAUUCGUGCGCGCCCAACUCCAUAAUGUCGGUCACAAUGGCAGCCUUUCCAGCGUCUCCAACAGAGCCACUCCAAAUCAAUAUCGACCAGGGCGCUGGUUUCGAUACAUUGACGGUAAUAGAAGGGAUGCAAGUGUUGAGAAAAUGAUGGGUAGCGGUGACGACAAAGCCCGCCAAAACGACACAGACUUGUCUUCAGCCGAUGAUGUUGACGACGACGACGACGACGAAAACAGUCUGUCGCAUCACAACAAUUACGAUGACGUAAGCAAUAACGGCAUACUCGACGGCAGCGACGUCUGCGAAGAGAGCGACGGGACAGCAUCUCAAUAUUCGGACGACGAAGAGCUCCACGACGACCCCGAAUGUAUUUGCCAGAGAUGCCUUUUCGUUCCAUACGGAGAGGCAAGUGACGUCAUCAGCGUUCCCAGCGUUGUUUCAAACACUUCCGUGAAUUUCAAGCGCACUCGACGCGUAAUAAAGAGUGUGAAAGCAUUCUUUGGACGAUUAUUUAGGUGUCAGUGCAUGCGACCCAAUACUGUGGAUGAAUAAUUUAAUUACAAUUAAUGUUUUAAGUAUAUAUUCAUUUUCCUUCUUGCAAUUUCCUAUCAUUUCUUUUUUAUGCAUGACACUUGUAAAACCAAUAUGAAUUAAUCAAGUACAUAAACUACAAACGUAUU